GAACGAGUUGGAAUUUAUAUUUAUACCACCUCGCAAAACUUCCCCAAAUCCACGAAAAAUUAUUCCUGGUAAUUUGCCGAUUCGAUGCUAGGUUACUUAAUAUCAAUCGAUAUUUGACUCAUGUCGUUUUCCAAAAGGGCGCCCUCAUCGGCCCUGCUAUCAAGUUUGCGCGCAUCCUCUUCUCGAUCCCCAUUUUGUCUUCGAUCCCCCGCAACCAGAUUAAGAUAUGCAUCCACAGAGCAAAACGCAGGAGAAGGUCGUUCAUUUAAAGGGCAGCUCUACGAAAGUACACAGGCUCGAUUGAUAAAGGAACGCGCAGAGCGGGAACAAUAUUCCAAGAAUAGAAAUGAAAGUUCUGGAGGAAAGAAUUCGGCUUUAACAUUCGGUGCGCAUAUAGAUUAUCUACUUGAGACAUUAACAGCAUGUUGAACACUGCUGAUAAACAACCGUAUAGUUAUUAUAUCAGUGGCUAUAGGAGGAUAUUACUUCGGUUCAUUUAGAAACCCUGGUGCGCCUACGACGUCGACUACCCCUCUUUCGACCACAAAACCUCUUCGACAUAAUACAGGUCGUUCAAAUCUUGAAUCUGCAUGGGCGGAUUUUGUCGAAAUAGUGGGCAAAGAAAAUGUUUCUACCAAUGAUUCAGAUCUUGAGAGCCAUUCAGGUAGCGAAUGGUCUUCUCAUUUGAGAAAGCCGAAUGAGGUACCAUUUAUGGUCGUUUCCCCUUCAUCAACGGAAGAAGUCAGUAAGAUCAUGGAAAUUUGUCACAGGAGGAAGAUACCCGUUACUGGAUACAGUGGAGGCACAAGUUUGGAAGGACAUUACGCUCCUACACGUGGUGGUAUUUGUAUAGAUUUUGGAAGGAUGAACAAGAUUUUGAAGCUACAUAAAGAUGAUAUGGACGUGGUUGUUCAACCAGCUGUAGGAUGGGAACAUCUCAAUGAAGUGCUUUCGAAGGAUAACCUAUUCUUUCCACCAGAUCCAGGUCCAGGUGCCAUGAUUGGCGGAAUGGUGGGAACAGGGUGCAGUGGAACAAAUGCGUACAGAUAUGGUACUAUGAGAGAAUGGGUAAUGAAUCUGACUGUCGUUUUGGCAGAUGGAACUAUUAUCAAGACGAGACAGAGGCCGAGGAAGAGCAGUGCAGGUUAUGAUUUGACUAAAAUGUUUAUCGGAAGUGAGGGGACACUUGGGCUAGUCACCGAGGCUACAUUGAAGGUCACUACAAAACCGAAUACUACCAGCGUGGCAGUAUGCAGUUUUGGAAGCAUUAAACAAGCAGCGGAUUGUGUUGGAAAGGUAGUUACUGAAGGUGUCCCGAUCGCCGCUAUUGAAAUUUUGGAUGACAAUCAAAUGCUGAGCAUUAACAAGUCAGGCAUGACAUCUAAAAAAUGGCUCGAAGAGCCCACACUUUUCUUCAAAUUUGCUGGUACACCCAAUGCUGUCAAAGAGCAAAUCAGUAUUGUUCAAAAGUUAGCAAAGGCGACCGGAAGCAAAACUUUUGAAUUCGCAAAAAAUGCAGAAGAACAGGUUGAGUUAUGGAGUGCAAGGAAAGAGGCUCUAUGGUCUGUAAUGGCCAUGCGGGAGAAAGAUGGUGAUCAUGUGUGGACCUCAGAUGUCGCCGUACCAAUGAGUAGAUUGUCGGAGAUUAUUGAAGAAACCAAGGCGGACUUGGCUAAGAGUGGGAUGUUUGCUUCGAUCGUGGGACAUGUUGGAGAUGGCAACUUUCACAGUGAGUAUCCAAUAAUGUCGGUAUAUUAAAUCGAAAUACUAAAAAGUACAGCCAUUAUCCUUUACAAUGAUACCCAAAGACAAACCGCCGAAGAAGUCAUCCACCGAAUGACCAAGAGAGCGGUCGAAAUGGAGGGUACUGUGACUGGCGAGCAUGGUGUUGGAUUGGUCAAGAGAGACUACUUGAACCAUGAAUUGGGGGAGAAUACGGUUGAUGCUAUGAGAAGGGUAUGUACCAAAAUACGGGACAUUCAGCCGACUUGUUUUACUAAUGUUUUACAGCUGAAAUUUGCAUUUGAUCCAUUGUGCCUAUUGAAUCCAGAUAAGGUUGUUAGAGUCGAAAAACCUAAGCCAGGAGAAGUUUCGGAAUGGUAAUUUAUUAUAGAAUCUAUUAUAUACCAAUGAAUAUUGAAAGAUGCAUAAACUUGAGCUCUACCUAUUUAUGGUAAGAUUACGAAGCCACAUUGUUAAAAUAUGUAUGUAAAUACAAAAAUGGAAUCUAUUGGAUAGGAUUAAUAUUAUAAUGGAAAAAUGCU